GUGGCGGUACUGCACCCUAAGCGGCUCUGACAACCUCCAUAAACAAUACAGAAGAAGGAAGGAAAUGCAACAUGGCGGCCGACAAAUCGACUAAAGAGAAGCUGUUGUCCACUCUGAAUGAUAUAGAAGUGUUGUCCAGGGAACUGAUAGAGAUGCUUGCGUUGUCUCGAAGCCAGAAACUUCCCCAGCCUGGAGAGGAUACUCAGGUGCUGGAGCUGCUGGUGCAGAGGGACAAAGAAUUCCAGGAGCUGAUGAGGACAGCCUUGAGGCAGGGCAGGACUCACGAGGAGAUGCAGAAGCUGGAGAAAGAAGUAGAGAAGAGGGAUGGUGACAUCCAGCUGCUGCAGAAGCAGCUUAAGGAGGCAGAGCACAUCCUGGCCACUGCUGUGUACCAGGCCAAAGAGAAACUCAAAUCCAUCGAGAAGGCCAGAAAAGGAAGCAUCUCUUCAGAGGAAAUUAUAAAGUACGCACACAGGAUAAGUGCCAGUAAUGCAGUGUGUGCUCCUCUGAACUGGGUCCCAGGUGACCCACGGAGGCCCUAUCCCACUGACCUUGAGAUGCGCAGUGGAAUGCUGGGUCAUAUGUGUAACCUGCCCACCAAUGGCGUGAACGGCCACCUCCCUGGUGAUGCACUGGCUGCUGGGAGAUUACCAGAUGUGCUGGCCCCUCAGUACCCAUGGCAGUCUGCAGAUGUUGCCAUGGCGAUGCCUCCACCACCUCACCAUGGUAACGACCUCAGCUUGGAGUUGCCGGGGCACAAUAAGGAGAAUGAGGACGACGUGGAGGCCAUGAGCACCGACUCGUCCAGUAGCAGCAGUGAUUCUGACUGAGAGUGAGUGCGUGAGUGAGUGAGUGAGUGAGUGAGACAAUAUGAAUAGUAUUGUAAGUAAGAACAGAAUUCUCCAAAAGGACUUAGUGUGCGAGAUAUCUUAAUACAAAAGUCUCCAAAAACGAAUUUUGAUCAAAAAAAUAAAAAAAAAAGUUAAGGUUAUUAUUAACGUCAUUCCUUCCACAUUGCUAAAACCAACCUGACCUCAGCCAGCUGAAAAUAUCUCAUGAUAACCAAUCUAAAACAAUUUAACAGUGUAAUUUGUUGCCUGUUCACCUCUAGAGACAAAGAGCUUCUGAGAAUUCAGUAAUAUUUUAGUACCUUAUGAACACUUGCUUCAUUAUCUCUCGUCUGAAUCCUUUUGGCUUAGUGUGAUGGACUUGGAUGGUAAUUUAGCAUACUGUAAGCUCAUGUAGAAAUGCUGCAAACCUUUCAUGUAACCCAGCAGUUGUGUAAAUAGAGCUGUAAAAAUGUUUGGGUUUCAGACCUUGUAAAUAAAGUUUCUUUGGUAAAA